GGCGAGCCAGAGAGGUGUAGGUACUGCGCAUGGGCUGAGCGUGUAGCCGGGGUUUGAAGUUACCGGCGAGGGGUGAAGGCGGUAACUAGCUUCCCGGAAGCUUCCUAGGCCCGGUCUCGGGAACCCUGGUUCUCCGCCCGCCAGGAGGCGUCAUCAACACUUGCUUUUCUUAAGUCCCCAAAUCUCGGCUUCGGCGUUUAGGGGAACCUCAGUACUCGUUUUCAUUCUCCAACCAGUUUUCCUUGAGCUCUCGCGAGAUUGGCGGGCCGACCCGAGAGCCACUCGGAAGCCGGUAUCUCCUAGGAGUCGGACCGGCCCUCGGCGCCUUCGUUGCGUGGGGUCGCGGCCUGACCCGGGGCCAGCCCAACGCCGAGACCGCGCCCGGGACCCUGGCAGCGAUGGACGAGGACCUGGUUUUGGCCCUGCGGCUUCAGGAGGAGUGGAACUUGCAGGUCGCGGAGCGCGAUGGGUCCCAGGAGCCCCUGUCGCUGGUGGACGCGUCCUGGGAGUUGGUGGACCCCACCCCGGAUUUGCAGGCCCUGUUUAUGCAGUUUAACGACCAGUUCUUCUGGGGCCAGCUGGAGGCGGUGGAGGUGAAGUGGAGCGUGCGAAUGACCCUGUGUGCCGGCAUAUGCAGCUAUGAAGGGCAAGGCGGAAUGUGUUCCAUCCGUCUCAGUGAACCCCUUUUAAAGUUGAGACCGAGAAAGGAUCUUGUAGAGACCCUCUUGCAUGAAAUGAUACAUGCCUAUUUGUUUGUCACUAAUAAUGAUAAAGACCGGGAAGGGCAUGGUCCAGAGUUUUGUAAACAUAUGCAUCGCAUCAACCGCCUGACUGGAGCCAAUAUUACGGUGUACCACACUUUCCACGACGAGGUGGACGAGUACCGGCGGCACUGGUGGCGCUGCAACGGGCCCUGCCAGCACAGGCAGCCGUAUUACGGCUACGUCAAGCGCGCCACCAACAGGGCGCCCUCUGCUAGCGACUACUGGUGGGCUGAGCACAAGAAAACCUGCGGAGGCACCUAUAUAAAAAUCAAGGAACCAGAGAACUACUCAAAAAACCGCAAAGGAAAGACAAAACCGGGAAAGCACCCAGCGUCAGCAGUAGAGAAUAAAGAUAAACCCAGGAGAGGUGAGGCACAGCUGUUAAUCCCUUUUAGUGGGAAAGGGUACGUUCUAGGAGAAACAAGUAAUUUACCAUCAUCUGGGAAAUUGAUCAGCUCAAAUGCCAUUAAUAAAACCCAAGAUCUUUUAAGUCAAGACCAUUCAGCAAAUGCUCUAAGACCUAAUUCUAAAACUGAGGUGAAAUUUGAACAGAAUGGUUCAAGUAAAAAAACCUCUCAUCUAGUCUCCCCUGUUCUUAAUACCAGUUGCCAAAAUGUUUUAAGCAACUAUUUUCCUAGAGUAUCAGCUGCCAACCAAAAGGCUUUCAGAAGUGUGAAUGGAUCUUCUCCAACGACAAGCUUAACAGCUGGUGACAUCACUAAAAAUUCAGUUUCUUCCAGUUCUCAAAGAAGGGUCACAUCUUCUAAGAUAUCCCUAAGAAAUUCUUUAAAAGCAAUGGAAGCAACAUCUGUGACAGCCUCCCAGGAGGUGAGUGGGUCUGAAGAUAAAUUCCCAAAUAAACGACCCAGGCUAGAAGACAAGACUGUUUUUGACAAUUUUUUUAUCAAGAAAGAGCAAAUACAAAGUGAUGGGAAUGAUCCAAAGUGUAGUUCACGUCCUGUAACCACAACUCAGAAUUCCACUAGUUCAUGUAGUCAGAGCAAAAUGGUUAAUUGCCCGGUUUGUCAGAAUGAAGUUUUGGAAUCUCAGAUUAAUGAGCACUUGGACCUGUGCCUUGAAAGUGAUAACAUGGAAGUCAAAAGCUGAAAACGUCUUUGAAAAAUGAAUGAGUCUCAUACACUACCUGUGUUACCUCACUAAUGGGCUGUGUCAGCCAUUCAGGAAGUUUUGGGUUAAUGCUAAGAUUUUUAUGUUAUAAUCUAGGUGACACAACCAAUACAAAAUGUUUUAUAUAUACAUAUAUAAGAUUGUAAUUAACAGUAUUUUAUGUCUCAGGGCGCUACAUUCACUCUUGCCUUACCUAGUAGACUGCAGCCCAGUUUGUUCUGCCCAUAUAUAUGUAUAAUUUUUAAGUACUUUUGUUCUUUCUUGCUCUUUAAGAUUUUUAAAUCUGUUAAUCUAUUUAUUUGCAUACUUUCCUAAAAAUAUUCAUGAGGAAUCCCGUGAGGUAUUUAGUUAAAUAUUUCUUUAUUAAUAAUAUUAAAACUCAUUCCCUGAACUGAAUCUUCAUAGUGUCAGACAUACUGGCCGAAAACACUAGAGUACAAAGUAUGAGGUGUCUUAGGGUGCUCCAACUUUGUUUUUCCGUUUUUGUUUUUUUGCAAAAUCUUAACAGAAAAUACAUUUUCUGUAUUUUAAAGAAUUUUAUUUCUGUUUUAUCUUUACUAAACAGUGACAGCAGAUGUUAGGUUAGAUAAGGAAGACAGUAAAGUAAGUACAUUUCUUUUGGAAUAUUACUAGCAACAAGUAGCCACUAUAGUUCUGUAGGCCAGAUUUUAUAGAGUUUAGCUGUUUUCUCAAAAUUUAGCAAAAUGAGUGGUUAAAACUCAGUGUUAAGUAACUGGUAUCUAGAACAUAACAAAGUUGCCUAGUUAUAUAACAGUGGAAAAUUAUCUAGAAACAGUACUAUGAACCUUAAGCCAAAGUUUGAAACCAUUAUAAUAAAAGAGAUACCCUUUUUGCAUUUAAGAAAGCGUAUUUUUUUUAAAGUGUUCUCUUCCAUGUUACAGGGAAGGGACAAAGGUACUUUUAUCAGGUUACUUUUUGUUUCAUGGCUGUACUUUCAGUAUGUUGGCCAUAGUCCCAAGACCUUAGUUGUUCACAAGUGUUUUUCCUUUGUUGCAAUGUAGGUACACAGGUGGACAAACUUUUACAUAGUGUUCACCUGUGUACUGCCCAGAUCAAGUUAGAGAAGGUUUGCAUUGUUGUGGGUGCCUGUUCCCGGUCAGUAACCGCCACCCUUCCCACCCCCAACGGCCGCCACUAUCCUCACCUCUGUCUGUCACCACAGAUUAGUUUAGCCUGUUUUUGAACUUCAUAAAGCAGUAUCUUUGUUGCUCUGUGUAGCAGAAAUUCAUUUUCAUUGCUCUGUAGUAUUUGCAUAAAUAUACCAGAAUUUUUUCAGCCAUUCUGUUAUUCAUGGACAUUUGAAUUAUUUCCAAAUUGGGGCUAUCAAGAAUAAUGCUGCUAAAGAAAAAACAUUCUACUCUUUCUGUUGGGUAUGUACCAGGAGUGCAGUUGCUGGGUCACAGGGUAUGUUUAGCGUUAUUAGUAAAUACAGCCAGUUUACACUCCUGCCAGCAGUGUACGAGCAUUGCAGCUGUUCACCGUCCCUAACCCUGUUACCCGUCUUUUCAUUUUAGCCUGGUUGGAUGUUCACAAGUUUUGAUAUUUCUUAAAGCAUAAAGUUAAAAAAUUGUAUUUAAUAAAUGUUUAUAGAUAAAUGACUAUUAAAA